AUUCUGGGAUACUUGUCAAAAUGGAGGAGGUUGUUGAGGAGGAAGAAGGCAAACACAUUCGGCUAACUUGACCGCUCAUGACGCUGUACUCACAAAAAGACAGAGACAGCAUUCAUUGACACUGUUUAAAUAUUUACACGAUAGUCUUUUUGAAAAUGGUACUAAGCAGUCCAUUGUUGACACAGUGGGACGAAGUGUCAUGGUGGUUGACAAAUCUCGUCCUCAGUACAGAAUGUCAGUUUACGUCUUUGGAUACAACGGUGAUGUAACUCUUCACACUUGAGGCUGAUGGUCUCUGGAAAUGUCCAGUGGUGAAAACAUUUCAAGCAUGUCUGAGAGGGAUUCCAGUGAUGAAACUGGGCAGAACAGGAACUGUCUUGGCCACCAAUUUGAUCCAGGUUCAAAUUCCAAACCCAUCACCAGCCACAUGAAUCUUGUUGAUGGAUCACAGAUGCAGUUGGGUGUUAAUCUUUCUGACAACCACCAAGCAAAUGGUUAUGGGAGCAUGUCAACAUCCAGUGAAGAUGAUGAUUUUGUUGAUGCAGUGGUCAAUGGCAGUGUGUGCAAUGGUUCAGUUCAUGAGAAUGAAAACCACUUGAACAGCAGAGCAUUAACUAUGCUAACAAGUGAACCCAAUUCUCAGUUGGAAGAACCAACAGAUCAUCGCUAUCCAAAUGGAAUAGAAAGACAUGGCUAUAUGUCUGCACCUAGUAGUGCUAUAAGUGCUUCUUUUACAACAUCUAAUGGCAGGGACCGGAGUGUUAGACCUAAACAGCCAAUACCACCUAGACCGAAAUCUGUUCAGAAAAGCAAGAAAUCAUGUGAGCGAGAAACAUUGCAGAGUUUAACUGAGCCUACCUUCCAGAGUGGACACUCUCCCAGUCAGUCUAUGCAGCAACAUAAUGUAAAUCUGCAUAAUACCCACAUUCGACCUCCUGUGUGCAUGCUUUCUGAUGUAAAUAAUAAACAAAAUGGUUGUGUGGGCCAUCCCACAUCUAAUGGUGUUUAUCACUCUCCUUACAUGCCCUGUAGCAGACCUCAGAGUCUUAUGUUAUCACACAUACACAUGGAAAAUAGACCGGCUAAUAUUUGUGGCAAUGGUGAGUUUGAUGAACCUGACUUGUUUGAUAUGGUUGAUGAAGGUGCUGUCUGUGAUUAUGAUAAACUUCUUUUAAGUGAUGAACAUAAUUCUCCUUCCGAGAAUAGUCGGAGCGAGGAAGCAGACAGUGAGUUUUUGAAUUACCACUUUCCCAACACCCAACUGGAUGGCAUGGCUGUGAAUUGCAGUCACUGUAACCAUGGUACCGCAACUGAACAUUGCCAGUAUUCCGCAGACUCCCAACACGGAGAGUCAUUCCAUAAUUCUCAAGGACAGUGUAUGUGCAGGUCCAAUCUUUCAGCGUCAGGUGAAGUAGAUUUUGACAAUAGUGAUUACUUGAAGCUGUUCGAUGAGAUGGAUGGUGAACACUAUUCGGCAGAGGAUGAGGCACAAGAAACCUGGGAGGAUACAGGGGAUUUCAUUGACACAGAUCUUCCAGCACAAACUCCCGGAAUGAUGUCAAGUUCGGCUGGGUCCUCCUCCUCUUCUCUCAGUGAGGAUGAAGGGGCUGGAGGUCUCUUUCAUCAAGUGAGUCGAGAUUCAAAAGAAAAUGACCUCUCGAGCAACAGACUCAAUUCAGACAUUGUUCCAUGUGGAAUCCUUGGUGACAGAAUGUAUGGACAUCUAAAGAAGGGAGGCAAUUUGUGUUUUCCAGUUGAUGCUUCCAUGUGUCCUUCUCAAAGAUUGGUCAUGGAGUCCAGUCAUCACCAUGGUGUCAACAGUAGUGAGAGUGAAAAUGGAGAUGAUUAUCAAGUGGACAUGGUUCUUAACUGUGAUGCAAAUGAAGUGUUUUACGAGGAAGGAGCAGCAAGCUUAGAAGCUGCUGCAAGUUCCCGGAACAUUCGGCCAGCAGGACUUCAUAAUGGUGCUGGGAGUGGGUACUGUGUUCAUAAUGACAGUGUUAGACUUGAGCCUACAGGUCCUGUACACCAUGAGCAUGUUGGCGGUGUGACUGCUGACUGCAGUAUCGGGCCAUCGCUGUUGUGUGCGGAUGAAACUGUUCCCCCAGGGUCAGCCAGCUGCCAGCAUAGCUCCUGCCCUAUGGCCGUACCGGCUGGCUUGUGUGUGAACAACCUGAGCAGCAUCUCGCCUCCCAAUGUAGAACCAUCGGCAGGGGGUUACCAUGUUCCAGUGUCCAAUUUCCAAAACGACAAAAGUAACAAUCACCAAAAAGUGUUUAUAAAAUUUAAUGUGACAAACCAAGAAAGGAAAAGAACAAUAGGGCACAUAAAGAGAGAUUCCUCUCACCUCGGUUCCCCCAUUUCCCCGGAUGAUCCGGAGUCUAGUCAGCUGGAAGAUGAGGAUGGGGACCUCGCUAUAGAUCAAUAUGAGUACCAGCAUGUACCAGAGUAUUUCCAGGAGCAGAUGAUGAUGAUUGCAGCUGAGAUGGCCAGGACUCGAGUCAAUGCUGAGUCGGGUGUCUCGGAGCCCAUCUACGAGGACAUUGAACCGCUGCCUGAGACCGAGGAAGCUGGCAACAUGGCUGCCUCGGGCCUCCCAGCAGAUGCUCAACAAAAAGAAGCAGCCUACAGAAAGCCUCCCCUGAGAUUGACUCCGAGACGGAAGGAUCGGCGGUCCAGCAGUGGCGGCAAGUCGGGUAUAGAGAAGGUCAUGAUAUGGAAUGAGUAUGAGGCCUACGUGCUCCAGGUGAAGCAGAUAGCUACAUCAGCAUGUGGGCCCACUGCCGUUCUCAAUGUCUUGAAAGCAUUUGAUGUGUGUGUUGACAAGGAUGAAGUGUGUAAGAAGAUCCACACCAACCUGAGAGAUGAGCUUGGCUCCAUCCCCACGUACUUGUUCUCAAGGGCUGUGGCGGGCACCACGGCUGAGGAUUUGCUGCAUGGUAUAGAGAGUCUGACUCAGGGCAGGAUACGUGGUCGAUUCUUCCACUUCUGGCCAUCCAGGGAUGUGCAUCUGCUCAAAUGGCUGGGGCAGUGGAUGAAGAAAGGUGCAGUCCCUCUGGCUACUCUGAACCUACAGAAAGGGGUCAAGACGGGCUGGACAGUCCCCGAUGCCUGGCACCAUCAGAUGGUCUAUGGUGUGAGCUCUAAAGGUGUGUACCUGACGAAUCCCCUGGAGAACGUGGCGGAAGAGACUGUACUCGAACAGCUGGUCAGUGAUUCCAUUCUUCUGGUAAGACGCCAGGAUGUAGUCAACCGUUUCCGUGACAACACUGACCUAGGGGAGAUUAUUCGACAUCCAGACGACAGAUGGCGAACUCUAAAUGUUCUAGGACAAGUUGUGAAUGUACUGCGCGAGUCCAACAUGCCGCACCCCGUGUACAGAGCUCAGUUGACCUCCCACAUCUCCAUCCCCGCUGUGUACAAGGCUGGCAUCACCCUCUUCGUCCAGGGAGAGUCGGAUCUGUGGCAGGAACUGAUUGCCACAUCUGACUUGCCUCCCCGAGAUUCCCCACACCCUUAACACCCGACAGUCUCCACUACACGUCCGCCUCUUGUAGUACCACCUCUGAAUUGAAUGAAAUCACUGUUACUUGAAACACUUUCCGAUUUCUAUAAGCACUUUUGAGAAUUGAGUGAAUAUGUCAAGAUGUUUGCAUAAAGGAAGAGUAUGCAUUUGUGAAGCAUGGGCCUUCGGAGGGUUAGAAGAAUCUGUGCCUGGAUACUUCGGCAUUUUCAGAGUUAUCGGAGUCCUUUCAUAAUAAUAUACUGACAAGAUUAAUUCUAUCUUAGUGUACAUGGGCAAUUAUGCCAAUCAUAUUACAGUCAGAUAUUAGUGCUCGCUAAAACUACACAAAGAUCUGAGGACACCCUAUUACAGGUCACGUUAAAACACCUUUUGUGAACUUUGACCAACCAAUGAAAUGCCUAACAAAAAGUUAGCCAAUCAGAAUGCAGCUUUCUCGAGCUUUAUGCACUAGUUUCAGACUACGCUUUGAAAAAUAUUGAUUCAAAAUUUGAAAACUGAACAAAAGAAAAUUCUGGAAUGUCAAAUAGAUGGCUGAGAUUGUAAAGCAGUACUUCACACGGGCAAUGAAAUGUCUCUUCUGUUUCAAAUGUUUAUCCCAUUGAAGUGAGAUGGAAUCAGUCGACCAGCCGUAACUACUGUUCAGUAUACCCUGUGUUAACUUUUUAUGGUUGCAUGGUUAGAAAACACAUUCCAACUUGCAACUUUCCCAAUCUGGUAAGCGAUAAAAAGCUGGUCUGAUAUGACCCGUAAUAGGAUGUCCUCUGAUCGUUGUUUAGCGGAAGCGAGAACCAAGAUUUGAUUUUAAUGAGAUUGCAAUUAUGCAAGCUUUAGGCUGGUUCUAUGCAGUUCACCUUAAACUGGCAUUUUUGCCAUUCGUUUAAUCUGCUACAAAUUACUAAUUGGCAUUUGGUUGAAGUACAUAUUGGCUGAUUGGUGUUAGGUAUGAAAUGAUAUGUGCAUACUUGCCUCCUGAUUCUUUUCCUGUAUAAACCAGGUAAAGUUGCCACUCCAUCUGGUGUGGUUGGCAGGAAUCGGUCAUUAGAUGAUGCUUAAACGUUCAUCAGGAUCAUCGAGGAGGGAGGCAUAGAGAUAAUUCAGAUGGUUAGUGACAAUGACAACAGGUUAUGAAGCAUAAUGCUGCUAUCGAGGAGGCUUCAGCUGAUCUCAGCCUUACAGAGAACUAUGUCCUGGGUGAUAUACAUCCACAGCUGUGGCAGAAACAAACCAAUGUAUAUGUACGAAGCAGAGAAUACGUAGAUAGCUUAUGAGUUACUUUGAAUGUUCCAUCAGUGUAACCUUCUUAAUCUGGACCUUGUUAUUCUCAACCUCGGCCACUGGGAAUAAAUUGUCAAUUUCAAUUUUGAUAGAAAGUGAACAUUCUGGUUCAGUGUGGUUCCACUGUUUUCCUGUUUAUGUUGGUAAAAUAUUUGAAUAAGGGUGUAAAAUGAGGCUUAUGUGCUAGCUGUAAUGGUCCAGGUUGCUGCAGGCACUUGACCAAGGUACCAGGUACCAGAAACUAUGAUAGUGUUUGACUUGAAGAAAAUGAACUUUCUGUUGAUUUUUUAUAAAAACUUGCUUAUGUAAUGUAGGGCUGGUAAACGGUGUGGAAAAAAACUAAUUGUAAAGAUUUUGUUUUGUAUUUAUUUUGAAGGGGCCCAAUUGUGAAAAUAUAUACUGGUACCCGUGUGAAACAAUAGUCAAGUAUGGUUCUGAUAUUCAUAUGAAUAACAAACUAACAGAUGUUUUCUCUUAUAUAGUUAGUAAACUUGUUCCGAUUCGUGUAUAACAAAUUUGAUACUUAUGUUGCAUUUGUGGCCCAUGUGUUUAUCAUAUCCAAACUUGACUAAGCAUUGGUGCUGUCUUCACAGAAAUCAUGGAAAAUUAUCUGAUUGUUGAAAAAAAUGUGAGUGAUCUUCGGAGGAGGAAAACAGAACCUAUUUUAUGUGUACAUUUGACUUGUGCUACUAGUGUGAAUGAGACUUGUUUAUGUGCUGUUGUAUAUAUUGUUUUACCCCUGUUACUCUGUAGACCUGCUGUUGAUCCUCCAUGCUGUGCAGUGCUGGAUCUGAUCAUCAUCAACUUCUCCCUCACCGCCACCUUUUGUCCUCCGUCUGGUGUAGACAAGAACACUUGACAUGCUUCUAUAACAAAUUGGAAAUGGAAAACCUAAUCAAAAGCACUCUUUUUUUUAAUCUGCUGUAUGCAAAUAUAUGCUGACCACCAAAACACAAUUAGUUAAACUAGAAGACACUAAUAGGUUAAAAUGACAAGAAAUUUUUUAGUAACAUGGAAACACAGUAGGAAGUUAGAAACAUGUUCAGAUAAUGUUUUGAAGAACAAGUGGAAAUCUGAAAUGUGUUUUGGUUUUGUUAUACACGUACACCUACUGGCUAGGCUAAUAAGUCAACCUCUUUCUUAACCUUCAGAGAUAUAAGUAUUAAUAUAAAGAGAUUAUGAUAUUGUGUCGUAAAUAACAAGGUAUUGAGUUGGUUUCUAUCUAGAUUUACAUGGGCUAGAUCAUGAAACAAGGAAUGUUUUUGGAUAUUGCAAGGGAUGGUCUGUGUUGACUGUCACAGGAACGCGUCAGAGGAACACGUCAGAGGAACACGUCACAGGAACACAUCACAGAAACACAUCACAGGAACAAGCAGCCAAUGAGCAAUUGUCAACCUUGAAUGGUGGAAGAUGUCUGUUUCACUUGGCACGUUUAGUAUCUCAUGAAUCUCAACCAAAAUAUAUUUGUCCAAAAUUAAUCAUGAUUUCCAUCAUGAUGUAUAAUGAAAACUGACGUGAAUCGAGACCCGAUCUUUGCCUGGUCCUUAACAGUUGUUGGGGCUAAUGCUCCUGGAACAAAGCUGUCUUAGUGAUACGGCUCUCAAAAGUCAAUGUGAAAGAAUUGUUAUGGUAACAGUAAGAUCUAUCCAGUACAUCAAGGUGUCUCUGAGUCCCUGCCUGUGAAGAUUUUGCACACUGUUCAGUACAGAUGUACCAAGCAGGGUCCCACAUGAGGAAGCAGCUACUACAAAUGCUUGAUGAUGAGGUCCUCAUAAUAUUCCGGAGAUCUAUUUUUGUCCAACUGUGUAACAGACUACAAUAGGCCAGUAUUCUUUCUAGUGACAUCAAGGUCACAUUCUUGCUGUACUGAAUAACACCCCUUGUUUUAUUUAUUAUGAAAAGUGUUUUUUCCCCCUCACAUAUAUGACUAUUUGAUGUGUAUUUAUAUCCUACAGUUGAAACUCACUUGAAAAACCAUGGAAUGAAUACUGUGAAUGAGUGUGAAUGUUUUUAUUUGCUUUCUGGAAAUGUAGCCAAGUAAAUAUCCACUUACUGAUUCUCAAGGAUGCAGCAUAUGAUGCCAAGCGUAAAUGUGGUGAUAGAACUUAAUAUGCUACUGUUAGCCUGUGUGGCCAAAAGAUGACUAUUGCUUUUGUUAACACAAUUAUUUAGCAUAAUACUGGUAUUACUUCUGUGUGCUUGCUCCAAUUGAUCACGACUCGUCUGAGCGGAGGCUGGCAUUAUUCUGUGAGAAAGUGUGUUUAAUUCAUCACAGAUCACAUAAAUGUGUUAGAGAUGUACAUUUAAUCCAGAUACUUUGCUAUGUACAUUGUGAGAUACAUAAUUGAUGGAGUUGUUUGACCUGUGAUUUUACUGUUUUGUCUGCAAAAACCAGUGGAUUAGAAGCAGUAGUAUUCAAGUUUGGUAGUAUGGGUAGUUUUUCGUCAGUUCAGUAGUUUUAGAAGUUAUUCUCAAUUUUGUUUUUCAAGGGUCUUGUUCCCUAAACAUGCUAAAAGUGAUGGAGAGAUUCAUUUGAUAUUAACCAUAAGGGUGAAGGUCAAGUGUAAUAACUUUCUGAAAUUUGCAUUUUUCUUCUAUCAUUUUAGAGAUAUGCGUGUUUUAUUUCAUAACUGAAAAAUCAUGGUACACUGUAUUUAGAUGGGGGGAGUGGUAGGGUGGUGGCGGGACGAGUUACCCAAUCUUGAUUAAUUAUGUAUAGCUACCAGGAACACUGAUAACUUCUGAGCAUUGGUUUCUCAGCAGUUGUGGAUUUCAUCAAAGUGGUAAUUGUCGUUGACCUGUGUUCAGUUUAGCUUUCCUUACACUUAAUGCAACAGAAAUACCCGUCAAAGCCAGCUCACUCACUAAGUAAAGAAACAAUGAACCACCAUAAUGACUUGUAUACUGGUGCCGAGUUUCCUAGGUUUUUGCAGACAAGAUACAAGUGUGUAUGAGCUACUGAGGAAGUCGGCUGUUGCUGCAGUGGUGUGACCAUCUUGAAGAUGACAGCAUCUUAUGUACAGUGUGUGGUAGACAAGGAAGCCGAGAGAAUGUGUAUAAAUAUUGGUGGCCUAUUUCUUGUUGCUGGGGCAACAUCCUCUUGCUUUCAACAUAAUAUGUAUUUAACAUACAUGUAAAUGCAUUAUUUAUGAAUAAAUGAUUACCUGAAUACCA